AUGUGUGCGGGCGACGACGAGGUGACGGGUGUGGUGGUUCGGUUCGUAGGCAGGGACGGAGAGAGGGAGGGAGAGAAGCGUCGUGGCUUGCCUGCUCCGUCAGACAAACUCUCGCGCCGACUAAUGUGUCCAGCAGCGGAGACUUCUUUGCGUUUGCGGGCAGCGGGAUUGCCUGCUGGGAAGGGGGGGAGGGGGUCGUCCUGGGAUGAAUGGGACUGGGGGGUUCCUCCGCUUCGCCUGGCUUGCCUGCUUGCCUGGCUUGUCCUGAACUGGCGAGCGACGCCGGGAGGAGCGAGCAGUGAGGAGCGAGGAGCGAGGAUCGAGCAGCGUGGAGCACACACAGACUGGACGGACAGUGGACGGGCUGGACAGACAGGCUGCAGCCUGCAGCAGCACAGCGCGCAGGCAGUGGAGCGGCCCCCGCGGCGAGAUUGGUUGGAUUGGGCUGUUGGUGGCCGGCUCGCUGCGCGUGGUUGGCUGGAGGUGGCCUGCUGGCGAUUUCGUGCAGGCUUGGCAGGCGAGCGUCGUCAGCUCCCACAACCUCCUUGCCUCAGGAGCCAGGACCACCCCCCCGAAAAAUGGGCCCCCUAA